GUAUAGACGUGUUUGAAACGCCGCGGCUAAAUGCUAUUAAACAGGCAAAUAAUUCACCUUAUUAAUGUUAAUUUAGUUACUGGCAAUGAAUGUUAAUGAUAACAAAUUAUCUAAAGUGGUUCGUGGUGUAAAUUGUAAUACCUGUUGUCUAAAAAUUGACCGAUACGACGAUAGCAUCGAUUGUGUUGUGUGUAUGAAUUCUUUUCACAUACUCUGCGUGAAUAUAACUAUUGAUAAGCUACACGAAAUCAAAAGGUCUAAAGAAGUACGAUUGUGGAAGUGCAACUCGUGCCUCUGUAGCGAUAGUGAAGAUCCAGAUACCUCUUUCACCGCACAACAUCCAGUAGCAGUUACAAUGAGUGUUACACUAGAACAAGUAUACUCCCUCAUAUUGUCAAUUAAAAGCAAUCAGGAAGAUCUUGCGAAAUCCCUCAAUGGUUGUCAUCAGAAGAUCGACGAUAACACGACGUUACUGCGGGAACAACAAACCAAAAUUGAAGCAUGCUUUGAGAAAAUUGGAGCGCUUGAAAGUAAAAAUAAAAAACUUAGGUGUGAAAAUAAUGAACUCAAAAGUAAGUUAAACAAUAUGGAACAAUAUGCUAGAAGCAAUUCGGUUGAGAUUAGAGGAGUGCCAGAACUACAAGGAGAGAAUAUCUUAAGCGUCAUCUUGCAAGUUGGCAAAUCUGUCGGUUUUUCUGUUAAUAAAAAUAUGAUUGAUGCAUGCCAUCGGUUAGCAAAAAAUCCUAACAAGCCUUCCGAACCUCGUGCAAUAAUUUUAAAGUUUAUUAGUAGACUGGAUAAACACGAGUUUAUGAAAUGUCGAAAAAUAAAAAGACACGUUACUGUGCAAGAUUUGGGUGAACUGUUUGCGGGCGUCUCCAACGUUAAUCCUAACAGUUUAAUCUAUAUUAACGAGUCUCUUACUGGUGAGAAUAAAGUGUUAUUUGGUAAAGCACGAACCUUCGCAAAACAGGAUAACAUUAAAUAUGUUUGGACCCGUGACGGGAAACUUCUUAUGCGCAAAAGUGAUAAUACGAAAGUGUUUGUUAUUCGUUCAAUCAAUGACUUUAAAGACGUUCACUAACUUCAUUAUCACCAAUGCCAUUGAUAGUAUAAAUGUAACAUUUUUUUUUAUGCAUUUUUAUUUGCCAAUUGUACCAAUUGUAUACUUAUUUUGAUUUAAUUCAACUUUUUGUUUCAGUUCAAUACAAUUUUUGUUUCAGUCAAUAUAAUUUGGUCCAUUUUAUUGAAUAGAUGAAUACCUCAAGUGAUUAUGACGAAUUACAUUAAAAUUGCACAUUUAAAUACACGAUCUAUUUUAGCUCACUUUUCGGAUCUCAAGCAACAUAUUUUGUCGGCAGAGUACGAUAUUGUUGGAGUGACCGAAACCUGGUUGUCAUCUCAAAUCAGUAAUGACAAAGUGAGUAUACCUGGUUACCUAUUUGUACGCAAAGAUAGGGGCACAACGACUUGGGGUGGUGGUGUAGGCAUAUAUAUUAGAAACACUAUACAAUAUAAAUGCCUAAUAAAUACGGAGUCUUACGACAGCUUUGAGCAAAUAUGGAUUGAUGUUCAAUGUAACAAAACACGUUUGGCUAUUGGAACAAUCUAUAGGAGGUUGAACUACUCCAGCUCAGAUUUUUUAAAUGACUUUGAAAACAUUUUGCUUCAAAUUAUCCCCACAAAUGAUGAUUUGUUGACGGGUUAACUAAAUAAAACCAUUAUUAUUAUUAU